CCUUUCAAUGCUCGAUAGUUUUUCCUUUAUUUUACUGUCAAUUAAUCGCUUAUUUAUGUACUUGUUAUCUAUGCAAUUUUCAUUCAUAGAGUGCAUAUAAAUUAUCUUAAAUCACUUAAACUCUAAAGUGCGGUUAUUUAUUUAUUUAUUUUUAGAUAAAAUACAAUGGAAAGUUCGAGAAAACAAGAAAAACAGCCGAUAACUAAAGACUCGCAUUUACAGAAUAAUGGGGGAGACUAUUCUUCAAUGAGCACGGGCAUUGAUAUCAAAAGAUCUGCUUCAUUUGAUCCAUCCAAUAAAAUUUUUCUUACUUGGCACAACGUCAGCGUUUUUGUUAAACCCAAACAAAGUCUUCUAAAGUUUCGAAGGCAAAGCGAUGCUAAUGAAAGUAAACAACUUCUGUUCGAUGUGUGUGGGGAGGCUAAACCUGGUCAGCUGCUGGCCAUUAUGGGAUCCAGUGGUGCAGGGAAAACUACAUUGCUGAAUGUCUUGACCAACAGAAACCUCCGACGUCUGAAAGUGAACGGUGAAAUUCUGGUUAAUGGACAGAAUGUUGGGGAAUCCAUUGUCCGUCUAUCCGCCUACGUUAGACAAGAUGACCUUUUCAUUGGAACUCUUACAGUUAGAGAACAUCUUGUCUUUCAGGCGCUUUUACGAAUGGAUAAACAAAAAUCCUACGCAGCAAGAAUGCAGAGAGUUGACGAAGUUAUUGUGGAGUUGGGUUUAAAGAAAUGUACUAACACUCUGAUCGGCAUUGCUGGAAGACUGAAAGGUAUUUCUGGUGGUGAAGCAAAAAGACUUGCAUUUGCAUCCGAGAUCAUAACCAAUCCAUCACUUAUGUUCUGUGACGAACCAACAUCGGGUCUUGAUUCCUUCAUGUCACAGAGUGUCAUCUCCGUCCUUCGUGACAUGGCUCAUAGUGGAAGAACAAUUGUCUGCGUAAUUCAUCAACCAUCAUCAGAAGUUUUUGAAUUGUUCGACCAUUUAUUGCUCAUGGCUGAAGGAAGGGUAGCGUACAGAGGCAGGGCCUCCAGAGCAUUAGAAUUCUUUGAGCGAGCUGGUCUGCGCUGUCCAGUCAACUAUAAUCCAGCUGAUUUUUACAUUCAUAAUUUGGCUAUAGUCCCUGGAAACGAAGAAGAAUGUCGCGCGAAAGUGGCCGCUAUAUGCGAUCAAUUUGAUAGGGAACAAACUACAAUAGAAAUAACUACUUCAGAAGGAUAUUCCUUUGUGGAUUCUCAAAUAAAGCCCCAGUCAAGGUACAAAGCUGGAUGGUUUUCCCAGUUCAGAGCAGUACUUUGGAGAUCAUGGAUCAGUUUAAUUAGAGAACCAAUGCUCACAAAAGUCAGAUUUCUACAGAGUAUAGUCAUUGCCCUUAUUCUUGGUCUUGUAUACCUAAAUCAAAGUUAUGAUGAAAAAGGUGUGAUGAACAUAAAUGGCGCUCUCUUCCUUUUGCUCAUGAACCUCACUUUCCAGAAUAUGUUUUCUGUUGUAAAUGCUUUUACUCUUGAGCAGCCUAUAUUUUUACGGGAGCAUUGGAAUGGGAUGUAUAGGACUGACAUUUAUUUUCUGAGCAAAACGCUUGCCGAGGCACCUAUACUACUAAUCGUGACAGCUUUAUUUGUGGUCAUAACUUAUUGGAUGAUAGGUCUUAAUUCAGAUCCAGUAGCUUUCGCGAUAUGCUUGGUUAUCUUCACUUUAAUUGCUAAUACAGCUGCCUCAUUUGGCUACAUGGUUUCCUGUUUAAGCAAUUCUUUAAAUGUGGCCCUUAGUAUAGGAACGCCACUUUUGAUGCCAUUAAUAUUGUUUGGUGGAUUUUACUUAAAUGCAGCGUCAGUACCUGUUUAUUUCAUCUGGUUAAAAUAUAUAUCAUGGUUUUAUUAUGGGAAUGAAGCUCUUAUAAUUAACCAAUGGUCCAGUGUUCAGAAUAUAACUUGCUCAACACCACAAUGUCCACCAAAUGGCAAAGCCAUUCUUAAGAGUUUGGAUUUUUAUGAGGAGAAUCUUGUCCGGGACUUAGGAGUUAUUAUAGCUCUAAUGGUGGCACUUCGAAUUCUUGCAUUUUUAGCAUUGUUGGUAAAAUCAAUGAAAAAGACAUAAGAUAUCAGUUGCUUUUAAAUAAAUUGUAAAGAACAUGUAUAGCAGUAAUAAAUGCUUAAAAUAUAAUAGGACAUAAGACUGAACAGAGCUUGUUAGAGUUUCUAAUUAUUCUAGUUUGAUGAAACUGGAGCUCUUUUAAACUUAAUUAUUGUAGUUUAGGUACGGUGAAAAUAAAAAAAAAGAGAAAAGGAUGACUUUUAUAGAAGCCUCCUUUUUCCAUGUUCUUGUCUAUUUUGAAAAUGUAAAUUCAGUGAUCAAUGUAAAUUUAUUUAGAAUUUACAAGAUUUGCUGUUUAGAUUUAAAUUGCAUACAUAUAUUUUGAAAUUGCUAAUUUAUAUAACAAAAAUUAUACUCUUUGUACAUUGAAAAGUCAUAAUUAUUAUAAUAUCAAUUAUGAUUAAAUUAUUAACAUAAUUUAAGAUGAAAUUUUAUUUUAUUUUUGUAAAAAUAAAAUAACUGGGAGCACAUUUUUUUAAAUUUAAAAUGGCAAUCUUAAGAAAUAUUUAAUUCUUCUAAGGUAUCUAGUCUUAAAACAACAAACCAUAAAUAAAAGUAAUCUGUUUUGUUUAGAAUUUUUUGAAAAUGCAAUCUUAAGAAAUAUUUAGUUCGUCUAAAGUAUCUAGUCUUAAAAUAACAAACAAUAAGUACAAAUAUUUUGUUUUAAAUGAAGCUUCAGUAAAUAAAUAAAAGGGAAUAUAAAAAAAAUCUCUCUCUUAACAAAAAAUGAUCAUACAUUAAUCCAUUUUUCUUCUUUUUUCUUUUUAUAGUUAAACAGGAAAAUAUUUCAAUCCCUUGGAAUGGGCUCAAAAAAAAUUUUUUUUAUGGAGCCAAAUAUAAAUUUUUAAAUUUUCUUAAAAGCAUAAACAAAUCAGCUUUCAAGUUAAAAAUUUAAAAUAUACAGCGAAAGAAAUAUAUAAAUGUACAAAAUGUAACAUUAAGGUCUUCUGGAAUAUGUAUGAAAACUUUAAGUAUCAUAAAGUAAUUAUAGUCAAUAAUAACUAAUCAAAAUCAAUCAAUAAAUUAAGAUAAAAAUAACCAAUAUUUAUCUCAAUCUGUAGGUUAAGAUCUUAUUCAGAUUCGAGACCUAAAUGUUAUAAAUAAAUAUUAAUUACAGAAAUAUUUAUCUAUAACAAAGAUUAUGUAAAUAUUACAGUUACUUUAUAUUUUAAACUUAACAUUUUCGAACAUUAUCAUUACAUUUUGAACAUUAUCAUUUGUUUAAUACUCAUGUUUAAUACUCAUGUUUUAAUACCAAAAAAGUGAAGGUUUUUUUUUUUGGAUGUAAAAAGGAAAAUUUGUUUAAGACCAAAAAAAUGAAGGUUUAGACCCAUUCCAGAAAACGAAAAUAUUUUUCAACACGACUGAAAUAUUUUCAAUAAAUAUAUAAACAAUAUGUUAUCUUCUUAUUGACUUGAAAUUUUGAAGAAAAAAGAAAGGUUUUUAAUGAUACACCCUAAUAAAUAAUUCAAUAGUAGCUGGUUAGUAUUAAAACUAGUACUAACUAGUAAUGCUAUUGGUCAAACAUACUAGUCAAAAUAAUAAAAACAAAUAAUAAAUUUAACCAGUCUUAAAUUUUUAAUCUGAUAUAAAGUAAGCUAAUAGAAAUUAUUUUUAUUGCAACAUGAUAGACCCAGGUUUUUCACCCUAAUAAAUAAUUCAAUAGUAGCUGGUCAGUAUUAAAACUAGUAUUAACUAGUUAAAAUAAUAAAAAUAUAAAAUAAAUUUAACCAGAGUUUCAAUCUUUCAAUCUGAUAUAAAUUAAGCUCAUAGAAAUUAUUUUUAUUGCAACCUGAUGCACCCAGGUUUUUCAUAAUACACCAUAAUAAAUAACUCAAUAGUAGCUGGUCAGUAUUAAAACUAGUACUAACUACUAAGACUACUAGUCAAUAUAAUAAAAAUUAAUUUAAUCAGAGUCUUAAUCUUUCAAUCUGAUUUAAAGUAAGCCAACAGAAAUUAUUUUUAUGGCAACACUAUUAUGCAAAAUGAUUUGGCAAGUAUAAGAACAGAAUUACAGUUAAAAAAAUAAUACAAUGUGUUUUAUGUUUGUAAAGCUUGUGAGAAUGAUUUGUAAAUAUGUUUCACUAGUCUUUAAAUAUUGUGACAUAUUAUUGUAUUUUUUAAUAAAUAUUAAUAAAUUAUAUGGAAUACAG